UAUGGUUGAUUCCAACAAUAAAGAAACAUUUGUUGAUGCUGAGAAGGACGCUGAUGAUGAUGUUGCCAGUUCUGAUUCUAAAGAAUUAGAGAAUAUUUCUAAAAUGACAGCAUCGAACCAAAUUAUUCAACGAAUUGAUGUAAUGUCUAGUCGAGUCGACCAACUUGAAAAGACGGUUUUGGAAUUGAUGGAAGAGGCAGGGAUAAGCAGAGAAAAGGCAGAUAAUUAA